AUGAAGGAAUAUGCAGACAUAUUUGAAGGGACUGGUAAAUUGCAAGGAAAAUAUCAUUUAGAAUUGGACAAUACUGCAAAUCCUGUAGUACAUCCGCCAAGAAAAGUACCUGUCGCUAUUAAAGAGAAGCUUAAAUCCGAAUUGGAUAGACUGACAAAGUUAGAAAUUAUAAAACCAGUUUCAACGCCAACUCCGUGGGUUUCAAGUUUGGUUACUGUCGUAAAACCAGACAAACUUCGGAUAUGCAUUGAUCCGAAGCAUUUGAACCAGCAGUUGAAAAGAAGUCAUUAUCCGCUACCAACUCUCGAUGAUUUACUACCAGAACUGAGUAGAGCGAAGGUUUUUAGUGUCGUUGAUGCUAAGAAUGGAUUUUGGCACGUAGAAUUGGACGAAGAAAGCUCGUUGUUGACAACAUUCAACACACCGUUCGGACGCUACAGAUGGUUGCGAAUGCCGUUCGGUUUAUCUUCUGCACCAGAAGAAUAUCAAAGAAGGCAAGACCAAACAGUUGAAGGUUUGCCAGGUGUACGAAGCAUAGUAGAUGAUAUUCUUAUCUAUGGCGAAGGCGAUACAGAAGAAGAAGCCAUUGAUGACCACGAUAGGAAAUUUCGGGCUUUAAUGGAACGUUGUCGGGAAAGAAACUCAAAACUUAACAAAGAAAAGUUUAAGUUAAAAUUGAAGGAAGUUCGAUUUAUAGGACAUUUAGUAACCAGCGAAGGUUUGAAGCCGGAUCCAGAAAAUAUUCGAGCCGUAAUUGAUAUGCCGAAACCGACAGAUGUUUCCGGAGUAAGAAGAAUUCUUGGAAUUGUAACAUAUCUAAGUAAGUUCUUACCAAAACUUACCGACAUUUGCGAGCCACUUCGAAAGCUAACUUUGAAGGACUCCGAAUUUUGUUGGAUUGAAAAUCAUGAUAAAGCACUUGAAGAAAUCAAAAGGCUAGUGACUGCUGAGCCAGUUUUAAAAUAUUAUGAUCCUAAACUACAGCUAAAAGUUCAAAGCGAUUCUUCACAAACUGGACUUGGUGCUGCAGUUAUGCAAGAAGACAGACCAGUUGCAUAUGCGAGUAGAGCUCUCACUGAUACCGAAACAAGGUAUGCUCAGAUAGAGAAGGAACUAUUAUCAGUCAUUUUCGGACUUGAAAAAUUUCACUCGUAUACAUAUGGUAGAACAGUAAAUGUAAUAUCUGAUCAUAAACCUCUCGAAUCAAUCAUGAAAAAGCCACUUCAUGUUGCACCAAAGCGUUUACAACGUAUGCUUUUACGUUUACAAAAGUACGACAAAAUCCUGCAAUACAGACCAGGAAAGGAGAUGUACUUAGCCGAUACUUUAAGUAGAGCGUACUUAAAAGAGACUUCAGAUUCAAGUAACACAACAGACGAAAUCGAAAGUAUCAACAUGAUAGAUGAGUUGCCGAUAUCUGAAGAGCGAAUUUCUGAACUUCAAGAACAUACUAGGAAGGAUCAACAAAUGCAAGAACUGAAAGAAGUUAUUCAGGAAGGAUGGCCGAGUAACAAAUGGAAUGUACCAUCGAAUGUAUCAAUAUAUUUCGACAUUCGAGAUGAACUGACAUUACAAAAUGGUCUAUUAUUCAAAGGAGAGAGAGUUAUUAUUCCUAAAUCUCUAAGAACUGUUAUGAUUAAAAAGAUUCAUUCAUCACAUAUAGGAAUAGAAGGUUGCUUACGUAGAGCACGUGAAAGUCUUUAUUGGCCGGGAAUGAACGCCGAAGUAAAAGAUUAUAUACAGAGAUGCGAAACAUGUCGAACAUUCGAACGUAAACAACAGAAAGAGACACUUAUAUCACACGAAAUACCAAGUCGUCCAUGGUCAAAAGUAGGAAUCGAUCUAAUGACAUUUCAAAGUAAGAACUAUCUAGUGACAAUAGAUUAUUAUUCUAACUACUGGGAAGUCGAUUAUCUUGAAGAUACUCUUGCGCUAACAGUAAUCAGAAAACUCAGAGCUCAGUUUGCAAGGCACGGUAUACCCGAUGUGUGUUUUACAGACAACGGUCCACAAUUUGACUGUGGAGAGUUUAGAAAAUUUAGCAGACUUUGGGAAUUUAAACAUGACACUUCUUCUCCAUUGUAUGCUCAAAGCAAUGGAAAAGUGGAACAAACAGUACAAACAGUAAAAAGGUUAAUGAAGAAAUCAAAAUUUGACAAAAAGGAUCCAUAUUUAGCAUUUCUCGAUUUUAGAAAUACACCAACCGAGGGUUUUGACAAUAGUCCAGCUGAAAAACUUAUGAACAGAAAGACUAGAACACUUUUACCAACGAAAGAAAGUCUUCUGAAACCGAAAGUGAUUACUCCGAAUAAAGUACAAACAGAAUUAACAAAACAAAAACAGAAGCAACAAUUCUAUUACAAUCAAGGAACAAAAGAUUUACCGAUGUUAAAGAAUGGAGAUACCGUAAGAAUACAACCGUCAAACUUCAACAAAGAGUGGAAGAAAGGAACUAUCAAACAACAGGUCAACAUCAGAUCGUACGAAGUUGAUGUUGGAACGCGAACCAUACGUAGAAAUCGUCGUCAACUUAAACACACACUAGAAGAAGAUAACAAUGAACCUAUAGAAAUUGAAAGAGACAAUUCCGACUUUGAACAUGGAGAAAUAAACAAUCAAGACAAUCUUGAAAAUGCGACAGAAAUCGAAAAUGCGAAAGAAACACCGAUUAUGACACGAUCAGGAAGAGUUGUAAAACCACCAGCACGAUUUAAGGAUUUUGUGUGUGAUUAG